UCGCAGCUGGGACGUCGCCAGCCGUGUGCCUCCCUCCACAUUGGCUGACCGUUGCCCCGGGUCCUCGUCGAGGCAACAUUGACGGCUGCACGCAGCAUAAACGUGCGUCUACAGCGGUCGCCGAGCUAAGCCCACUCCUCCUGUGGGAGCACAGAAAGCCAAAAGGGCUCUGCCCAGCGUUAGACAGAGAUCAGAUAUUAUGUCCACCCCAGACGCCGAAGAUGCGUCUCCCUCACCGGAAUACAGCGGUGAUCGAGAAGGGAGCGAAAUGGCCGCAGAGAAAUUGGAUUCUCAGCAAGCGCAAAAGGCUUCAGCCGCCCAAAAAGCAGCAAACGCAAAGGAUCCCUUGAGGCCUCGAAGGAAGAAGGCACGUAGGGCCUGUUAUGCUUGCCAGAGAGCGCAUUUGACCUGCGGCGACGAGCGACCAUGCGAACGAUGCGUCAAACGUGGUCUUCACGACCAGUGCAUGGACGGCGUACGCAAGAAGGCAAAAUACCUUCAUGAUGCUCCUGAUGGAGCGCUCAUGCCUGGCGUAGGCGGACAUUAUCCACACAUGAAUGGGAACCGUCCUACUCCAGUUCCAGGCCAACACGCGCACAACUUACCGCAACAAGCGCCUUACUAUCCUCAAGCCGCUCAGCAGCCUUUCUACGGGGAUACGGCGGUGCAAGCACCAGUCUCUGUUCCAGUUCAGGACGUUUCCAAUGCUGGCACUUUCAAUCACCCACAGGCUCCCAUUUCUCCUCCUUAUAGCCAGACGAAUAACCAAGCCCCGAUCCCUAAUGUGCCAAAUUCUGCGGCACAGGGGCCCGCGGGACCUCAGAUGGCUCAGUUCGGUGGGCCACUAUUCGACCCCAGCGACCCGGCCCUCUUCAACUUCGAUAUCUCGAGUCUCAAUUUCGGCAAUCAUUAUGGUGCCCUUGAGCUUGGGAUGCUCGGUCACAUGUCUUCUGGCGCCGCUGAAACGCCACCAAACGAUCACAAUAUCGUGAACCCCCUCAACCAAGCGGCCGGCAUGUACAAUCCCCAGAUAGCAGCUGGGCAGUACGGCGACAACAUGCAAGGAAAUCUGCAUAUAGUCGCAGACGGGCUGCACACUCAUGACUGGCAGAAUUCGCAGUCGAGGCAGGGCAGCAUCCAGAUGCACACUCCCCAUAAUACACCGACGACUGCGCAUCUCGAUCACGGUGGCCAUCGUCACGACAGCCUGAAUGGGACGCAAGGCUUUGCCAUCAGCCAGGGCCCAAGUAGCCUGUCGAGCGCGAGCCCAGCAUCGACUGAUGUGAACGCUGGAUAUGACGAUAAUAACCCCAUGUCUUCUGCGGCUUUCUUCGCAAACUCCAAUCAACAGCGACCUCACCGCUCGCCCACUGUGAGCCGCCCGCAGACCGAGAACCACCGGCCUAGCAACGCGCUGCAACCAAUACACCUCAAUGCGGUGCGAAAGCGACGGCGGGAUCACAACUGGAUCUACGAGACCAUCGACAAGCCGUAUACUUACGUUACGGCAUACCAUCGUUUGGUCGCCAUUGCCAAGGGUCGGUACCGAGCAUCGACUGUGAACAGGUUCCUGAAAGCCCUAUCAAGCUUCAGGCCUGUGCUUACAUCCACCAUGAAAGACCUGACAGCCAGUGAUCUCAUUUUCCAAGAGAAGAAUUUGCAGAGAACACUCAUCGACUUGGAGGAUAAAAGUCUGGAAGUGGGAGUUCCGUCGUUGAUCUGUCGCCGCUCCGGAGAAGUGGUUGGCUUGAACAAGGAAUUCAGCAUCCUUACAGGCUGGGAUCGUUCCGUUCUCCUCGGCAAAGAGCCGAAUCUUAACAUCAACACAGGUGCCACUCGAGACGCGGCUGAAAGCGGGCUGUCAACGCAGACAAACACGACCCCGACUCUCGCUGGACAACAGAGUGAGGGCAAUGCGAACAAGCCAGUCUUCAUUCUGGAGCUCAUGGAUGAGCGCUCGGUGUUGGAGUGGUUCGAUGACUUUGCCGAGCUCGCUUUCCUGAACGCACAAGGCCACAAAUGUCGAAGAGUGAAGAUGCUUCGCUACAUCACCAAGGAGGACGUAGAGCAAGCAGAAGCUGCCAAGACGACCAACAUGAUGGGCAAUCGACGCAAUACGAAGCACGAACCUCUGAUCAAGUUGGAGAGCGGGCCUGUUCAUUGUGGCGAGGGCGCCAUCAGCCAGCUCGGCGCCAAAGAUGGCUUGGUGGACUGCAUGCUCGCGUGGCACGUCAAGCGUGACAAUUUCGACACGCCCAUGUUGUUGUACAUGCAGAUCAUGCCAGUCCUCGAAGAGACAAGACGCGUAGAGGAUACGCGACGAUGAUCAGCACUCGCGUAUCUUGAUCUUCACUUCUGAUCAAAGCCAACCAUGUCUAUAUCUGGCCACAGCCGAACGGUCACCCGUGCGAGCCUU